AUGGAAAACAUUUUAACUCUUCUUCGUCUCAUGCAUCGUAGUGCCUCGGUGGAGUGCCGCAGAAAGGCCCUUGAAGUUCUGAAUACAGUGUUUGCUAAUAUUGUCAACUACCCUUCGGAGGAAAAGUACAAACGAAUUAAUAUGACGUCAGUGUCGUGGACACGCUACAUUGCUCCAGCGUUUCAGUUGUUUUGCUUCGUCAACUGGAUGGUAUCAAUAGGAUUUAAGCAGGACGCUGAGCACUCUUUGCUAUGCUUUAAGGGUGGUGGGGGGGCUGAGCUUAAUAAAGCACGACAGGGGAUUCGUGACCUCCUUCGCGCGUACACGGCUUCCGUUCCAGAAAAACCAAGUGCAAGCCGAGGGGCAAUGGGGAAGUUGCUUCCACUUUUACGCUGUGUAGCCGGCCUCACAGUUGGGGUUGGUCUGGAGAAUAAAGAAGGCUCAAAAAAUGCAGUUGCUGCAGGAAUCCUCAUUCCUGAUGACACUUGGGAAGGUGUAAAAGAUAACUUGCGUCUAACCGUGUUGGAGCGGGUGUGUGCGAGGCAGAGCCAGAGUAGACAGAGAGUCAGUACAGUCUCACAUUCUUCUCUGUCGCCAAAUGCCGUGGAGGCAUGGGGGUCGGUGCUCNGCAUGAUUCGCGAACUGACCCUUUCUCAAAUUGAGGAAGACUUUGCCGUGGUGGAUGCAGAGCGGUUUGCCUUACAUGAAACCAGCGCGAAUUGUUCCUUGGGUGAGAAUGGCUCCUCAGAUGGCACGGCACGAAGACGAGUUGCGGCGAGGCACAAGACCAGUUUGUUUCGCCAGGAUGGAAACCGAGCGAGUGUUCACACGGAGGUGCAGCUCGUCGCCACUCGCCUUAUUGCAGAUAUUGCGUCGUGUAUGGAACAAAUAGCGAUGCUCGAUGGUGCGCAGGGGAUGGUUCGAAAGGAUCGACUGGAAGCCCGACGUCUUAUGGCAAAAUUCAACGAGGAUGGCGACAUUGAGUAUUUGCAUGUUUUGAAGGAAGAAUGGUCGGAGCGGCUAGAGGCCACGAAGGAGAAGCAUGGCAGGCCAUUCGUCUACCUGUAG